CGGCAAAGCACCGCCGCAGUCACGCAUUGAUGUUUAUCACUGACUGGGCUCCGCUGCACAGCCGCUCUGGGCUGAUUUCACCUCCUUAACUGGAGCCUGAAAUAGUCGCUCACUCCUUCCAGCUCAACAGAAUUUUCUUCAGGAAGUAAAGGCAGGAAGGAAAAUAGUGAAAAAACGGGCCUCCAGGUUUUGGUUUGAUUUUGGUUCGGAUCAAAGGUUUUACUCUGAAUUACCUGCCGAAUUGAAUCCACAGAAGACUGGGUUCAUGCCGGAUUUUGAGCAUUUUAGAUUUUCCUACUCAAGAAUGAAUCCUGUCCUGGGGGAGAGCGGCUUCCUGGCUCCGCAGCAGCAUCACCAGAUGACGGGCCAGAAUGAUGCAGCCAUCCCGGACCCAGGCUACUUCCUGGGGGACAGUGGUGGAUUCGGGCCUGAUGGCUGGUCAGGGCUAGACCUGGGUGUCCUGCCGCCGUCGUCCAGCCUGGCCUACCUGCAUCUGAGCAGCCCCCUGCACCGGGCGCCCCCUGCGGCCACGGCGCUGCGCAACGACCUGGGAUCCAACAUCAGUGUCCUAAAGACACUGAACCUGCGGUUCCGCUGCUUUUUGGCUAAAGUGCACGAAUUGGAGCGCAGAAAUAAAGUGUUGGAGAAGCAGCUUCAGCAGGCUGGGGAGAGCAGCAGCGGAAGGGAUGUGUACCAGAAGCCACUGACCAAAGACACAGGGGUCCAGACUGGAUUUAUCGGUCCUAUUCCAUCCAGACCGAACUACAUCCCGCUCCAUAAUGUCAGUAACUCGGCCUACCUACCUGGUGGCCUCCUCUCCCCCACCCUGAACCCCCCUCCACUCCUGGGAAACAACCUGAACACAGUUUCAAACUCCAACCUUUCUUCUAAGGGUGUACCCCUUGGUGCAGCUCUGAGUCCGAGCGACGCGACCAAAACCAAGACCAACAUUAACGAAAAGCACACCGCCUACACUGGGUCAGCCCCCUGUAACACUCUGCCUCCACCGCCCCGCUUCCUCCCCGGAACCAUCUGGUCCUUCAACCACACCCGCCGCUUCGGCACCAGCAGGGAGUCAUGCGUCACGGGGCCCGGGCUCUCCUGGACUCACCCAGACGGUAUCGGCGUCCAGAUCGACACCAUCACACCUGAGAUCAGAGCUCUGUACAACGUGCUGGCCAAGGUGAAGAGAGAGAGGGACGAAUACAAGAGAAGAUGGGAGGAAGAGUAUGCAGCCAGAAUGGAUCUGCAGGAGAGGGUUGCUGAACUUGAGGACGACCUGCAGGAGAGUGAAGUGUGUCAAGAUGAGCUGAUUCUCAGGGUGAAGCAGCUCAAGGCAGAGCUUGUUCUUUUCAAAGGACUUGUUAGCAACGACCUGUCUGAUCUGGAGAGCAAGAUUCAAGAAAAGGCCAUGAAGGUGGACAUGGAUAUCUGCCGGCGUAUUGACAUCACAGCUCGUCUGUGUGAAGUCGCCCAGCAGAGGAACUGCGAGGAUGUCAUUCCCAUCUUCCAUGUUCCCACUCCCCCAUCAGCUUCCAACCGCCGCACCAGGAAGCCGAGCGGGCAGUCACAAAAGAGCGGGGAUGGAGACGAACUGAGCAUGUCAGAGAGCGAGGGGGGCGGAGCCAGAGACGAGGAGUCCAGCAGCACGUCAGCCAGUCUGAUAAACGAACAGAUGCAGAGGAUGCUGAAUCACCUGAGGGAGUGUGAGUUUGAAGAUGACUGUGACAGUCUGGCCUGGGAGGAGACUGAUGAAACUCUUCUGCUGUGGGAAGAUUUUCCUGGAUGCACACUGGGAGUUGAAACACAGGGAGAGCAGGAUGAGUCCAUUGAGAAAGUGAUUAAAGACACAGAGUCCAUGUUUAAAUCCAGAGACAAAGAAUACCAGGAAACUAUUGACCAAAUAGAGCUGGAUCUGGCCACAGCCAAGAGCGACAUGAACCGCCACCUGCACGAGUACAUGGAGAUGUGUUCCAUGAAGAGAGGGCUGGAUGUUCAGAUGGAGACCUGCAGGAGACUCAUAACGCAGAGCGGAGACAGAAGAUCCAACCCUCUCAUCAUACCAACAGUGGACGACUCUGAAAAGGAGGAGAAGAAGAAUCCGGCUGUCCCUGCUAACUCUGAGAGCAGUAAUUCCUUUUGCAACAUUAAUGCUGGCGUCCCACCUAUGAACUGGAGAAAACCCUGACACUCAACCCCACUCUGCUGGUUCCAUCUCGAGUGCUUCAGGACAACUGAAAAUAAAAACAACAUCUUUAUUAAGAUUUUGUUUUUAGGUAAAAAGAUAUCUUUGGCAUUUCUGAAAACUGCCUACAUUUGUCUAGCUCUUUUGACCACAUAGCCAGAAAAUCAGCCAAAGCAGCAAAAUGGAAACAAAAGUAGAGACUUGGGUUUUGUUUUCUUCCUAAAUUAGAAAUAAAAUAUUCUCCAGCGUCUCUCAGAAGCAACAUUUAGUCACAUUCAGUGUCACCUGGAGAAAUAUAAAAGGAAAACAAAAAUACACCCACUGAUCUGUAAAUUGCUGCCCUCGUGUGGUUACCAACUGUAAUUACAUAUAAAAGACAAAAACGCUGCACUUAAAAAAAUAACACUGACGUUAACUCUGUGAGAUGGAACGAAUGCGUAUUAUUAUACACAAUAACAUGAUGAUUGUUUAGUGUGGAAGCUUGUUAUUUGCACAGUCCGUUAAAAAGCUUUCAGCAACCGUGUUUAAACAGAAGGACAAUAAGGCAGAAAAGAAUGUAGUUUGCACACAUCUCUUAAAAUAAAUAUGAAAAAUAUUCCCUUCAUUUCUUAGCAUUUAUUUUAGAUUUUAAAUUGUUUAUUUUAGAAUAAUAAACCUUUCCAGGUGUCAUUUCUGGAAAUGUCCUCUAAGCCCGUAAAUACAUUUAAAAACAAAUUGCAAUUUGUUCACCGUUUGGUGAAAGGUGAUAUUGACUAUUAAUACAAAUAUUAAGAUAAUGUUUGUUGAACUAUAUAAGUGUUUCAUUUACAUGGACAGCCAUGAUCAAAAUGUAAUAUUUAACGCAGUUUUUAACUUUCUGACUUUGCUGUGAGGCUGAUCUGAUUCUUAGUAUUUUAAAUUGUUUUGGUUCUAGGGUUAUAAGGGAAUAGUUCUGUUGUGCUGUCCCAAAAUACUCAUUGUAGGUUUGAUUUUGAUCAAUUCUUUGAAGGCUCUGUUUAUAAAUGUAGCCAAAUUGUUUGGGGUAAAACUGUAUAUCUUCAAAACUAGUUAAGUCUCUGAAAAAUAAAGAAAAACAAUAUUAAGUUACAAAAAAGAUUUAUUUUCAUUUUAAUUAUGAAGAAAACCAAAUGCCAAAUGUUUGUUUUGGAAGAUCAUGUAAAAUUAUACAUAAUUAGCUAUUUAGUCAAACAUUUCUUAUAAAAAUUAGACUGAUUAUGCGUUUUAUUAAUUUCCUUUUUUAUUUGAAGUGUUUUCAUUCAAUUGUUUAAGCCUAAGAAGUUUUUAUACAUGAAACACAAUUACCCAUAACUCAGUGGCUUAUAAUGUUCAUUUGCUAUAUUUAGUUUACCGAAAAACUGCACAAUUUGCCAAAAUAAUAAAAGAAAAAAGGUUUUUGUGUUAGACAUGAGGAGGUGGUUUAAACUAAAAGUAGUUUGCCCCUCUGUUUAGAUCUGGAGCCAGGAUUAAGAGUAAAUACAUGUUUUUGUUGAUCUCAUGCCAGGCCACAUAGAUUUGCUUUGAAGUAUUUGUCUGACCUGUAGAUUGCCCAUUUCUGUGAAGAGCUGUAAUAUUGUAUUUGAUCACAGCGCUGUGUGCAAUGUUGACCUAUUAAUGCUGCAAGCUUUGUGUCUUAUGAUGUAAACUUUGCUGAUUUUUAAUGCAGUUUAACUGGUUUUAUGUUUGGCCAAAACCAUGUUUUGAAUAACUUGGGUCCUAACAGCAAAGCUGGAGUCAGGGCAAUGUACAAGUAGAUUUCUAGAAGCGAUUAAAGUUUAAGUUAAAUCUGUACACCUUACAUUUUUUUCAGGCUGUUUUUGUUUUUACUUUGCUGAGAUUGUGGACUAAAUAACAGUUUAUAUGUUUUUUUGUGUUUUUUGCUCUUCUGUACCCAUGAUCCUCAAAUGUUUUUAGUUGUAUCUUUCUUUCUAACAAACACAUUUACGAGUGUACGUACCUGAAACGUCUUGGUAGAUUCUGUUACUCUGCACUAUUUUUUACGCAUUCUACUUUUCAGCCAAAAAAUGUACAGACGUUCUGCCAUACUGGUCGUUUAAUGUUGAGGCCACAACAGAGUAGCUGCAAGUUUUAGAAAACAAGUCAUUAGCAAGUGAAAGAAAUCAUGAAACAAGAUUGUCUCAGGCUCAAACCCUAUUACCUGAAGAUUAUCUGCUGCAAGCUUGAUUCUGAAAAGAUAACAAUGUGUUGAGAAAUUAUUGAAUCUGAGCUAAACGAGAAUUGCUGGAGUUUUUUUUAUGGGUUUUAUGCUUGAUUUGCAGAGCUGUAUGUUUGAUCACAACAAAGUCAUAUGAUGAACAGAAUAAAUUAUAUUGCAAAGUUG